UUGAACAUUGGCUGCUAGGAAGGGAGGGAGAGGGGGUCGUAGUCCCCUGCGCUUCAGUCUGACGUAAUCCUGCCCGUCGGCCACGUUACUGGACACAUUGGAGGCCACCCAGGUGUUUCCACGUACUGUACUCGCAGUUCCUGCGAUCUUCCGCCAGGUCAGGGAUUACCCUGCGAUUGUGAAUUCCCUUAGUCGGCAGCUCUGUUGCGAAUGGAGCCAAUACUCGACUCCAAGUACACGUUCAUGGAUUCUCAUGGAAUUGUGAAUGAUGAACAAGAGAUUCCUACAUCAGUGAAUUUUGAUGACAUUAGGAAGGAUUUGAUAGAUGAACUGUCCAGGGAACGAUCUUCAAAUGCCUCGCAUGUGGUUCCUGAUCAAAAUUCUGCAGCUGCAAAGGACCAUAUGUGUGUUUAUCUUCGUAUUCGACCUUUCACGGAAUCUGAAAUUGCACAAAAUGAAUCUCAGGACUGUGUAUUAAUAGAAAACCCGACCAGUGUGAUUUUCAAAGCACCACAAUAUUCCUUGAGUUCCCGAUGCAGUGAUCGAGGAUUUGGCCAGAUGGCCCAACACUUUACAUUUUCUCAUGUUUAUGGACCAGAAACCAAGCAAACAGAAAUAUUUGGAGUAAUAAAACCCUUCAUUGAGGAAGUUCUGAAUGGACAGAACUGUUUGGUUUUUACCUACGGUGUUACCAAUUCAGGAAAAACCUACACAUUUCAAGGACCAGCCCAUGAUGUGGGUAUCUUACCAAGGGCGAUGAGUGUUCUAUUUAGGAGUAUAGAAGGAAACAUUUAUCAAAAUAUGAAUAUUAAACCUCAGAGAAGUAGAGACUUCAGUAAAUUAACAGAAAUGCAAGUGAAGGAAGAGGAAGCCUUAAAGAACUCACUGCUUCGAGGAUUUAAUGAGAAUGAGCAGUAUAAUCAGAGCAGUCAUCAAAGUUCAAUCAAUACUACAGAAGGUUCACUGAAGUCACUUAGCUGUCUCGGUGACAUUGCUGAACAUUCAAAGUAUCCUGAAGAAGUAGCUGUACGUGCUCCAGAAAGGACUAAAUUUUCCAUCUGGGUUUCAUUUUGUGAAAUAUACAACGAAGCUAUUUAUGAUUUGCUUGAUCCAGUAUCCUGUAAAUUGCAGAAAAGAAAUAUACUUCGGCUUGUGCAAGAUGCCAAAGGCAACACCUAUGUGAAAGAUCUAAAAUGGAUUCAGGUUUCCAAUGCCGAAGAAGCAUGCAGGAUAUUGAAAAGAGGGAGAAAGCAACAAAAAAUUGCUUCUACAAAAGUCAAUAAUCUUUCAAGUAGGAGCCACUGUACCUUUUCAAUAAGAGUUUUGCAUGUGGAGCCUGAUGGUCUUCGUGUCAUCCAAGUUAGUGAACUUUCUCUUUGUGAUCUUGCGGGAUCGGAACGAAAUGCAAAAACAAAGAAUGAUGGCGACAGAUUAAAAGAAGCGGGAAACAUUAACACUUCUUUGCUAAUUCUUGGGAAAUGCAUCAAUGCAUUGAGGCAUAACCAGAUUUCAAAGACGCAUGGCCAUGUUCCAUUUAGGGAAAGUAAGCUUACUCGCUACUUCCAGGGGUUUUUCUCUGGCAGAGGAAAAGUACGCAUAAUUGUUAAUAUCAGCCAAUGUGCUUCUAUGUAUGAAGAGACACUGAAUGUACUGAAAUUCUCUGCGAUGGCACAAAAGAUUCUCCUUGAUUGUUCAAAACAUCUUCCUGCCCGUUUGUUUCCAAAAAGAUCAGCCAGAGCUCUUUCACUGAUCAUUAAUAAUGCUGCAAUUGGGUCCUCUUUGGUGAAAAGAGGAACUAUCUCUUGGGAUGCUCUUCCUGAGGAUGUCGUUGAGAUGGAGGAAUGUGAUUCAGAGACAAUUGAUGUAAUUGAUUUAAAGCCAGAGGAAGAGGAGGAGGAGGAAGAAGACGAAGAAGGGGAGGAGGAGGAGGAGGAGGAGGAGGAGGAGGAAAAUAUCGUCAUUGGAAAAAAAAAUUAUGAGAAAUUGCUCGUUUAUAUACAAGAUCUGAAAAACAAGAUUAUUGUGGAAAGGAAAGAAAAGGUGAUCUUGGAAAAGAAAAUUCGUGAAGAAGUUUGCCAAGAAAUGGAAAAGUUCAUGUCUCGGUUUGAAAAUGAUUUAAGUGAACAUGCAAAUGAAGAUAGCAGAUUGUCAGAAGAUAGAAUUGAAAAACGCAAUGAUUUAUUUCAAACUUUAGUCAAGACGUAUGCUGCUAUUGAUCAAAUUGAUGAUUCUGUUCCUGGAGAAUGUUCCAACUCAGAAAUUGGUCAGUUGUGCAAGACUUCAAUUUCAUCAAAACAUGAAAGUCUGGUUAAUACUAAUGUUAUGGGAUACAUUAAGUCCUUGGAGCCAGAUGUUGCUGAAAUCAAGAAGCACGCAGAAAUAAUCCGUCACCAUCUAGCAUCUGCUCCAGAUCCUGAAGAAACUAUUGCCCAACUGGAAGCUAAUUUGGCGUGUGUCAUUGAGGAGCUUAACCAAACCAAAGAAAUACUGAAUAAGAACACUGCUGAUGCAUUCAGCGUGAAAACUCUUGAACAAAAAGUUGAAGGGAUGAAAAAUGAAUUAACUUAUAAAGAGAGUGCAUUGACCACUUUAAACAAAGAAAUACAGUUUUUGAAAGAUCAGUUAGAUUUAGUCCAAGAGAAUUUCACCAAGGAGCAUAUCUCAAAAGAUGAAUUGAAUCAGAGGCUUAAAUUGGAACUAACUUCAUCAGCUGAGACAGUUUCCAAACUAACAGAACAGAUUGGUAACCAAAAUUCAAAUUAUGAAAAAUUAUUACUUGAGCUUAAUUUUGAAAAGGAAGUAUAUGCGAGUCACUCUCAAAAAACUAAACAGCUCCAGACUGAGAUUGAAUUGGGCAGGCAUGAAGUUGCACAGAGAGAACUACAAAAUAAAGCAUUGGAAGAUAAAAUAAACAAGCUAAGUGAUUUCCAGAAGGAAUCAGAAUGGUGUGCUUUAGAACUGAAACAUGCAAAGGAUCUUCUGGAAAACACAAAGAAAGAUAUUCUGAAGAAAACAACAGAAAUUGAAUCUCUACAGAAACAAAUAUCCAUACUUGCUCAAGAACUAGAUCAGGCAAAGGCUGUGGUGGAAAGACGAGACAGUCCCUUCCAUAAGACAAUUGAAAGACUGCAGAGGGAACGUGAGGUUGAAAUUCAAUCGUCUUCCCAAAAAAAACAGCUAAUUCAAGAAUUGGAUGAAGAACUCAAGUCAUUGAAGAAGCAAAGGGAAGACUUUCACACCGAAUGUACUGAACUGAAAGGAAAUGAAACUAUAACUCAGAAGUUGCUUCAGGAAAAAGAUGCCCAAUUUCAAGAGUUGAAAACACGUUUCAAAGAGACUGAAAAUAAAAUGCAAGUGCUAAUACAAAGCAAAGAAAAUACUGCAGAACUUGAGAAAGAGGUUAAAAAUUAUCAAUGUAUAAUGGAAGCUCGAGAGUUGGAACUCUCAAAGAAUAAAGAAGAUUUAACCAGAUGUGAAGAGCAAUUGAAGGAGAGGGGGAGAUUGAUUGAUGAACUGCAAAAUAGUUUGAAAUGCAGGGAAAAGAAAUGUCUUGACUUGGACAAAUAUGUUGAUGAUCUUAAACUAAAUGUCAAAUCUCAGGAAAUUAGAUUUGAGAAAGAAGUCAGACAAGAAAAAGAAAACCGGUGUGCUGCAGAAGAAAAAUUAUCCAAAAAGGUAGAAGAACUGGAGAGUAAACAUUUAGAAUUUAAAAAGCUGAGAAGUGAACUUGCUGAGAGUGCCUCAAAAUGUCAAAAACUUUCAGAUGAUCUGAACAGAAAAGAUGAGGAAUACAGAGAACUCAAGGAAAAAUAUGUGGAUGCCAAGAAACAAAUCCAAUGGGUAGAGACAGACAUUUCCACGAAGCGGGAAGAAGAAAAAUCCCUGAGAAAUAAAGUUUCAGAACUUGAGAGAUUAAAGAAUCAAAUGAUUCAGGAGCUUGAGACUAAAGAGCGAAUGAUUCAACAAUUUAAAAAGGUGUGCAGUAAUGAAGCUAACGUGAAAAAGAUCGAAAUGCUAAUGAUCACUUUGGAUGAGAAAGAGGCUGCUUUAAGAAAACUGGAAAAGCUCUUAGAUGAGAGUAAGACUCUAUGCCAAGUGAGGGAACAGCAGGGCUCAAAGAAAGGAAACACAAUGACACCUGAUCCAAGCACCAUACCUGCUGAUAUUAAGAUAGAAGAAACUGCAGGUCUUUUACAGACUACUUCCAAAGAACUUCAAGACAAAGAGAGAAUAAUUCAAGAUAUGAAAAGCACAUUAACUGAACAAGAGCAAACGCAAACUGAGCAGGAUGAGUUGCUUGAAGUCAAGUUGAAACAGAUUGAAGAACUUAAUGCAGAAUUGGAUAUAUGGAGGCGCCAAGCAAAAGAAUUUGAGAAGAAAUGCGAUACACUUGAACACAUCCAGACAGUGGAAAAUGCACAUCACGGUGUUAAUUCCGAAAAAGCACAAUUUCAAGAAGAAAUUGAAGUUUUGAAAAAGCAAUUAUUGGACAUGGAAAAUAACCAACGAUGUAAUCGGGAGAAAUGGCUCAAUGAGAAGAAGCUUCUCUUUAAGCAAGCAAAGGAAGCAGAAGAUCAGCGCAAUAAGGAAAUGAGAAAAUGGACAGAAGAAAGGGAACAUUAUUCUAAAUUGCAGUCAGAAAUGGAAAACCUAACAUCUGAAAUGAUUAAGAAGGAAAAGGAAAUGCUGAAGUGGCGAGAAGAGAGAGAUAGCUUAGUAAGGGAGUUAGAGGUGCAGCUCAGCAAUCUUAUUAAUAACAAUAAACAGAAGGAUGAAGAAAUUAAACAACUCAAGGCAUCUGCAAAGGAGUACCCAGUGGAGCCUGAAACAGUCCUAGAUUCUUCAGAAGUUUCAACUGAAAAUGGAACAAAAACAAGUAGAUUUCCAAAACCUGAACUGGAGAUUCAAUUUACACCUCUUCAACCAAACAAGUUGUCAGUGAAAGAAGCAAGUGGCAAUUUGAUCAGUGUGAAGAUACCCAGACCGAACAAUCGAAAAAGAAAAAGCUUUGUAAUGGAAGAGAGUGGUAUGCUGUCAACCUGCUGGAAAAAAAAAUCUCCAAAGAAACCCUCAGUAGCUGGUACUUACAAGAAUGAUGAUUGUGAAAACAAGAAAUAUACCGUUGUAUCUAAAAAUAUACACAAUGCAUCUCCCUCCAUUAUCAACAUUGCAGAGAAGGGUGUAAAAGGUACAGCUGGUAGCUUGGAGAAAAAUCCAUCUGUUUCAAGUCUCAAGUCGCACAAAAAGGAUGGAACUUUGCAGAAAAUUGGAGAUCUAUUGCAAAAUUCUCCAACACUUCUUCAGAACAAAGCUAAAAGGUUCAUGGAAACAUUGAGUGCCCCCAAGAACCUAGAAAUUGAAUCUUCCUAUGACAAUUCAAGACCAAAAAGAACAAGGAGGAAGCUGUAUAAACAAGAGAUAUCAUCACCCAUGUAUUUCCCAUCUCAACCAAUAAUGGAGCUGACAGAAAAAGAAAGUGAUCAUUUAAUCAUGAAGAGACGAUUACGAACAAGAACGACGAAAAUGACUAGGUGAUCUUCAUUUUGUAUACUGAAUGAUUCUUGCAUUUUUUUAAAUAGCUAUCAUUGUACCUGGAUGUGGACCUCUCGGCUGUAAAAGGUGUAAAUAUCACUUUGGUUGUUUUUUGCCUGAUGUAAUUUUUUACCGUAUAAUUCAAUAAAUGUAUUCUGAACAUGCGAUUUGAGAAACAAUUAAAACACUGACAGCAAUGGGGUUUCAUAGAUAAUUCCAUUGGUUAAGACAAAAGAAGCAGAUUUUAAUAGAAUAUAUUUUUGUGUCAACAUAUAUCUGGUGCUCUUGUUUCCUCCAAUCUCAUGGCAGAGCAGCUUGUCAAGGUUGCUUCUGACAAGGAUGAACCCAUGGACCCCAACAAGCCAAACUGAUUACAUCAUAUAUUUGUCAGGAUCUAGAUACCGUGUUGAGGCGAUGUUCAAGACUGAGAAGUUGCAUACAGUGUAGAAAAAUGUUUCAAUUUUGAACACCCUUGAUAGCAUAUAUAGGCCAUGAUACCAAAGUCUUGUUAACUUAAUGUUACAUGAAACAUGAUCAUGUUGAUUAAAUUAUGAAUAAUGUAUUUUCCGAGCACUGGCUGUUGUAUUAAAAUGAAUGAUAUUGUUGAAACUCAACAAAAAAUUAAAAAAUGAAAGUAUUGAGAUAAUAUAGUGAGAUGAACACACACAA